AUGAACAGUGUUUACAAACUCCAUUGUUACAUAAUCAAAAGUGGUAAGCAGACUGAUCCUCUUUCUCUCCGUACCCUUCUUCUUUCCUGUGUUGCUACAGCUCCCGAAAGCUUAUCUUAUACUCGUUAUGUAUUCUCUCGAAUUCCUUCUCCAGAUACUUUCGCUUGUAACACCAUCAUACGAUCACAUUCUCACCUCUUUCCUUCUCAUUCUUUGUCCUAUUUCUUUGCCAUGCGUUCCAACGGCAUCCCUUUUGAUAAUUUCACAUUCCCUUUUGUUCUCAAAGCAUGUUCUCGAUUGCAAAUCAACCUUCACUUGCAUUCCCUUAUUGUUAAGCAUGGUUUGGACUCUGAUAUUUUUGUGCAAAAUGCUUUGAUUUGUGUUUACGGGUAUUGUGGGUCAUUGGAGAUGGCAGUUAAGGUGUUUGAUGAAAUGUCUGAGAGGGAUUCUGUUUCUUGGUCUACUAUUAUUGCUUCUUUUCUUAAUAAUGGCCAUGCAUCUGAGGCUUUGGCCUUGUUUCAGAAAAUGCAAUUGGAAGAUAAAGUAGUGCCUGAUGAGGUAACCAUGCUUAGUGUGAUAUCUGCAAUCUCACAUUUGGGAGAUUUAGAAUUGGGUCGUUGGGUUCGAACGUUUAUCGGCAGACUUGGCUUGGGAAUCUCUGUUGCUUUAGGAACUGCUCUUAUUGAUAUGUUCUCCAGAUGUGGAUCUAUUGAUGAAUCAAUUGUUGUAUUCGAAGAAAUGGCAGUGAGGAAUGUAUUGACAUGGACGACCCUAAUCAAUGGGCUUGGGGUUCACGGGCGUAGCACGGAGGCUUUAGCAAUGUUUCAUAGCAUGAGAAAUUCAGGGGUUCAACCAGAUUAUAUUACGUUCACUGGUGUCUUAGUAGCUUGUAGCCAUGGCGGUCUUGUAAAAGAAGGUAGGGACAUUUUUGAAAGCAUUCGGAAAGUCUAUCGGAUGGAUCCUCUUCUAGAGCAUUAUGGUUGUAUGGUUGAUCUUCUUGGUCGGGCAGGCCUAUUGAAUGAAGCUUAUGAAUUUGUUGAAAGAAUGCCAAUGAAACCAGAUUCAAUCAUCUGGAGGACUCUUCUUGGAGCGUGUGUGAAUCAUAACAAUCUCAAUUUAGUUGAAAAGGUGAAGGCGAAGAUUUCCAAGAUAAGCUCUUCGCACGAUGGUGAUUUCGUGCUUCUAUCCAAUGUAUACGGAGCAGCUGGUAGAUGGGAAGAAAAGACAUCAAUGAGGAGUAAGAUGAGAGAAAAAAGAAUAGGCAAAAAACCUGGGUGCAGUUUGAUUAAUGUUGACCAAACAGUUCAUGAGUUCGUUUCUGGGGAUAAUUCCCAUCCACAAUCUGAGAACAUAACAAAGUUCUUGAGCUCAAUUAUUGGAAAACUAAGAAACAGGGGUUACAUGAUGCAAACGGAAAACGUACUACACGAUAUCGAAGAGGAAGAAAGAGAGCAUUCUUUAAGUUACCACAGUGAAAAAUUGGCUGUUGCUUUUGCAAUUCUUAAUAUGAAAGAUAAAAGGACAAUAAGGAUCAUGAAGAAUCUUAGAAUUUGUGAUGAUUGUCAUUCAUUUAUGAAACAUCUUUCAGUUAGAUUUGAGAGGAAAAUAAUCAUUCGAGAUCGUAAUCGAUUUCAUCAUUUUGAAAAAGGAUUAUGCUCAUGCCAUGAUUAUUGGUGAAAUCUUGUCAUUUGUACUCCCUUCUUUCCAUUUAUGAUCUUCAAUUAUAGAUCGAAACCACUUAUGUUGAAGAUGAUUGUAUUACUAUAUUUUACAAGAUCAAUAUAAUCAUAAUUUUAUCUUUUUAA